UUCAGUCUACUCCCUUGACUGAGGCAGCUCUUCACUCUUUUUUUCUCUUAAACUUUCAUUCCCUUUAGCAUUUUCUUCUGCUUUAGGCUUACAUUCCCCCAUCAUUUACCUUUAAACUUCAUUUCUAUACCCAAUUCCUCUGAGUCUCUGCUGUAGUCAGCAGAUCUUUAUUUCUACCAGACUAUUAUUCAUAUUUCCACGCCAGGGAAAUGGCAUAUUUCUCAUCUUCUUCACAUGAUUCUAGCUCGUCCUGGACACCGAAGCAAAACAAGCUAUUUGAAAAGGCCUUGGCUGUAUACGAUAAAGAUACCCCAGACCGCUGGCAAAAUGUGGCCAAGGCUGUAGGUGGCAAAUCUCCUGAAGAAGUAAAGAGACACUAUGAUCGUCUUGUGGAGGAUCUAAUGUACAUAGAAUCUGGCCAAGCGCCAGAUCCCACCUACAAGAGCACUGGGAGCAAUGGCAGAGGAAUUGGUGAAGAGCAGAGGUAAAGUAUAUACUGGCUAAUGAAGAAUCUAAGGAUCUAAUGAAGCACAAAAAUGAUAUCGUUAAAAAAGAAAAAGCAUAUGCACAGGUAUUAAAAAGAAGUGAAUCUACUCUUCCUAGCUUUGGCUUUGACGUUUCUGACUCGGACUUCUGUGUAAUUAAAUGAUCAGUAAAAUAAUGAACGCAACAAGAACGAAGCGUGUAUGUGUGUGAUUCUGCUCUUCUUAAGCUUGUGUAAUAUCUACUGUAGUUGUGUUUAUUUCUAAUCUUAUAAAACAUCGUGUGAUAUCUUCUAA